CGACAUCGCUCUCUGAGUCUCUCUCCUGUUGUCGCAGAAAGAUUAUUUUAUAAUCUAAGCAAGGCGUACACUUUCUCUCUCUUCUGUGGAGCCCCUUACCAUCAUCAAUUCAACCCCCAUUUCUCUGAAACCAAAUUCCAACACACCCUUCACUCUUUACAAUCGAAUUAGGGUUUUGCUUUUCCCAAUUCGUUUGCAGAUCUGAUCCCAAUAUUGCAUUCUUUUGAGAUUAUUAAGAAGCCACAGAUCCUGGUCGCGUAAUUGUUUUGGUUCCUUCUGUUCCGAUUCUGAGGACUUGAAUCGCAUUUCCGUUGGAAUUUUACUUUCAUGUCCUGCUUUGAAUUCAACUUCUCCCAACCUCCGGUUGUUGGAAUAUAGAUCUUGAAAAUUGGCUCCUCAAAGACGGUCGCAGCGCCACAUGGGUGGCCAGAUGCAGCAGAGCAAUGCCGCCGCGGCUACUGCUCUGUACGACCACGCCACCGGCGCCCCUGCCGGGCCUCUGCACAAUGCGGGGCCUGCCGGCGAUGCUGGUGAUGCAGUCAUGGCCCGGUGGCUCCAGUCCGCUGGGUUACAGCAUCUGGCCUCACCAUUGGCUUCCACGGGAAUCGACAACCGUAUGCUCCCCAAUCUCCUCAUGCAGGGUUAUGGCGCUCAAUCUGCUGAAGAGAAACAGAGGCUUUUAAAAUUAAUGCGAAACCUCAAUUUUAAUGGGGAGUCUGGUUCUGAGCCAUAUACACCUACAGCACAAACUUCAGGCGGGGCUGCAUCGGAUGGUUUGUAUUCUCCGGAGUUCAGGGGGGAUUUUGGAGCUGGGCUGUUGGACCUUCAUGCUAUGGAUGAUACAGAGCUUCUGUCUGAGCAUGUCAUCCCUGAACCCUUUGAGCCAUCACCAUUUAUGCCUGGUGGUAAAGCAUUUGAUGAUGAAUUCAAUUUGACAAGUGGUAGGCAGCAAAGAGUACUACCUGAUCCAGAUGCAUCAGUUCCAGUAGCCCAGAGUGACAAGGAGAGCACAAAGGAAACUAAUGUGGCUAAGAUUAAAGUUGUGGUACGCAAAAGACCUUUAAAUAAGAAGGAGCUUUCGCGGAAGGAGGAGGAUAUUGUUUCUGUAUAUGACAAUGCUUAUUUGACAGUCCACGAACCCAAACUAAAGGUGGACUUGACUGCAUACGUGGAGAAGCAUGAAUUUUGUUUUGAUGCUGUUCUGAAUGAGUAUGUUUCAAAUGAUGAGGUAUACCGGGCUACUGUAGAACCAAUUAUUCCCAUUAUUUUUGAGCGAACAAAGGCUACAUGUUUUGCUUAUGGUCAAACAGGUAGUGGCAAGACAUUCACAAUGCAACCGUUACCUAUCAGGGCUGCAGAAGACCUGGUUAGAUUGUUACAUCAGCCAGUUUACCGUAACCAGAGAUUCAAAUUGUGGCUUAGCUACUUUGAGAUUUAUGGAGGAAAGCUCUUUGAUCUUCUCAGUGAGAGGAAGAAACUUUGUAUGAGAGAAGAUGGAAGGCAACAAGUUUGCAUUGUUGGACUGCAAGAAUUUGAGGUUUCAGAUGUACAAAUUGUUAAAGAAUUUAUUGAGAGAGGGAAUGCUGCUAGAAGUACAGGGUCAACUGGUGCUAAUGAAGAGUCUUCUAGGUCUCAUGCUAUUUUACAACUCGUUGUGAAAAAGCACAGUGAGGUAAAAGAUUCUAGGCGGAACAAUGAUGGAAAUGAAUCUAGAAGUGGGAAGGUUGUGGGGAAGAUCUCUUUCAUUGAUCUUGCUGGUAGUGAAAGGGGUGCUGACACCACUGAUAAUGACCGACAAACAAGAAUUGAGGGAGCAGAAAUUAACAAGAGCCUUUUGGCUCUAAAGGAGUGUAUUCGUGCUCUGGACAAUGACCAGAUCCAUAUACCUUUCCGUGGAAGCAAACUCACAGAAGUGCUCCGUGAUUCCUUUGUUGGCAAUUCAAGGACUGUUAUGAUAUCUUGCAUUUCUCCAAAUGCAGGGUCAUGCGAGCAUACACUUAACACUUUGAGAUAUGCGGAUCGGGUUAAAAGUCUUUCAAAAGGUGGCAAUGCUAGAAAGGAUCAAGCAGUAAAUUCAUUACCACCAACUAUUAAGGAUGUUUCAUCGACAUCAUCUACGCUGGUUUCUGCUGAGGUAGAGGAUGUCCGUGAGCAACGUCAAGAAGUUAAAGUAGCUGAUACAGGCAGAAGAGCUGUGGAGAAAGAAAGUUUCACAUAUAUUCCGACUGUUGAGUUUGACAAGCAGCCUGCAAAGUUGUCAUCAAGUAACCCCAUUAGUAUUCGGGAAGAAAGCGGGGUGGCUUCUGGUGUAAUGGAUAGGGAGAGAUUUGAAAUUAAUAAUUCUUAUGGCGAUUCUUACAGCCAGAAGAUGCUCUAUUAUUCCCAAAACUCGGGUGAUACAGAAGAGAAAGUACAAAAAGUGUCACCACCUCAUAGGAAAGUAACCAAGGAUGAAAAAUCAGAAAAGUUGGGUAAUUGGCUGAAAAAAGGUGGAUCUGAUCUCUCCACCACAAGUUCUAAGCAGCAAAAUACAGGAAAUUAUAACUCAAGCAAUGUUGGAUCCAAACAAUCUGAGCCUCAACUUCCUGAUGGGCAUAUCAAUGCCAUUCUCGAGGAAGAAGAGGCCCUAAUUGCUGCCCAUAGAAAAGAAAUUGAGGAUACGAUGGAAAUUGUUCGUGAAGAAAUGAAACUGUUGGCAGAAGUGGACCAACCAGGGAGCCUAAUAGACAACUAUGUGACCCAGUUGAGCUUUGUGCUUUCUCGCAAGGCAGCUGGUCUGGUUAGCCUUCAAGCCCGUCUUGCAAGAUUCCAGCAUAGACUAAAAGAGCAGGAAAUACUAAGUCGCAAAAGAGGACCUCGUUAAGGCAGGCACUUUGUUUCGUUGCGCUGUUGGCGGCACUGUUACUUCAGUUACAAAGCAGGAUCUGCGGGAGGGGGAUUUGAGGCAUUGCAGACUCUGGGCAGUUCACAUCCAGACUUCUGGCUAAGGGCGGCAAUGAGGAUUCAAUUCACGUCUUUUGCUGGUGAUUGCGUUCUCAUUUGUAAUUCUUAAGAUCAGUUGAUGUGUUCUUGCCGAGUCUUUUAUGGGUUGUGGACUUUGGCUGUUGUGUAAGUGGUGACUGGAAAUUUGAUUUGACAAUGUAUUUUCUAGUAAAGAAAAAAGAAAAAGAAAUAGAAUGUUUAUUACUCUGU